ACCAUGAGAACAUCGACGAGGGUUCGUUUAGCUUCUGGCCAAAUUUUCUGACACAAAUCAUCUGGUGCCUGGAACUCCAAGUUCCCGCCUACUGCCGUAAUCACUCUCUCCGAGGAGAUCAAGAAAAUUGAGAUGAUGAUAGGUUUGUGGACUUCGCAGCAGGAAGGGCCAUGCUCCCAGGAAUAGAUAGGGGUUGAAGAGAACAAGGGGGAAUGGCCGAAAGUCAUGUCUACACCCAAUCGGGACAUUGCGACUCUGCAGAAACUCGCCCCCAUACUGCUUUUCGCCUGAUGGGAUUCAACAUUUCGAUGCGGCCAGGCCCCAUGGCGAUGUACUCCACCCGUUAUGGGAGUGAAGGAAUAUCACACAUCGUGAAGAAUUGCUGGAUGUCAGUGGCAGAAGCAUUGUGUCCGGGGUUCUGCAGAAGUGACCUAUGUUUUAAGAUGAUAGCGAUCGAAGCGUCGCCACAGGUCUCGCCUGUUCGUAUCACACUACAAUGUCCGCAUCACGCUCAUCACAUUCUGGAAAGGGGAGAGCCGAUGGGAUUUAUUAUGCAACUGUACCAUUGGGGAAAUGGUCCGUGGAAUAAACAGGUUCUACUUCUGCCGGGUCCUGAUGUUUCCCCGGAAAACAACCAAGGAACAUGUCCACUCUUCCGCGGGACGCUGCAUAGUAGUCUGAAUACUGGGAAGCAUGGACCGUACUUUCUCUAACCGACUGGCUGGGCUCAGUCAGGGCGAAGGAUUCGGCUCCUUUCCUUCUUUCUUUCCUUUUCCCUUAUUUAUUUUGUAGCCCUUUUAUCCGCGGCAACAGCGAAUGUACUUUUGACGCAAAGCUCCGGAUACCCGGACCGUUGCUGUCUACAUACCGAUAGUAUGGUUCCACGACAAUCAGGGAAGUUUUCGAGCCAAUUGGACCGUUGAACGGCCUGAUUCCUCGCUCCGGGAUUCUCGU